GCAAGGAGAAUUCAUACUACUUCAAUCAAAAAUCAAUCAACAGAACUAAGGCGGACGCUGUCGGUCGCGGGACGUCGCUCACCGAACUCCACCAUAACAACAAAAACAACAAACUUCGGGAGCGACGCACAUUGUACAUACACAAUGUGGACCAUCAAGUUACUACGGUUCAACCAUGUUCCCACAGACUUCCGGGAACCGUUUAUUACGUCCGGGUACCGGUCCUGCCGCAGCAGCGUUUCAACUUGCAUCCUAAGUGCCUUCAGUUUGAACAACGAAACCAUCAACUUCUGGACUCAUUUUAUCCCGUUUGCCUACUUCACGUGGCUAUUCACACAAUGGUUGUGGUACGAGUUAAGAUUCGAUGUAGACCCGUUCACUUAUCCUCUGCAAGCGUACUUGGUGUCAGUGAGCUUGUAUACAUUUGCAAGCAGCAGCGCACAUCUCUUCAACUGCAUGUCGGAAAGGUCGCGUCAUGUUUUCUUCUUUCUUGACUACGGCGGUUUAAGUAUCUACAGUCUGGCCUGUUCAAUCAUGUACAGCUGGUAUGUGUUUCCUAAAAGCUUCAUCAAUACCUACUACCAUUCGGUCUACGUACCCUGUUGUGUCUUCAAUGCCUUGGUGUGCACGUUCCUUGCGUGCCUGUCGCGACUUGUCGCCGGUCUGAAGCUACAGAAGAUUUUUCGCAUCGUAUCGUUUAUGCUACCCUACGUAUUUUGCAGUGUCCCGCUCCUAUACCGCUGCGUUGUUUCUGAAGAAGAUGACUAUCAUCACCCAAGUGCCACCCAGUUUCACAGUUAUCAGUUUGUCUUUUGCUUCAUCGCGAUUGUCUUCUACGGAUCGCAUUUCCCCGAAGUUCUAGCUCCAGGGAAGUUUGAUAUCUUCGGUCACAGUCAUCAGGUUUUCCACGUCUUCAGUAGCGUUGCGACGUACUGCCAACUGCAAGGCAGUAUUAUCGACAUGCAGCACCGACGAUCAUACUUGCUUGACGUCCGACCGAUGCCUACACUUGCAAACACGGCAGGCGUCGUGUUGGCUGUUCUGAUCACAGAUCUUGUAAUAAUCGGUGUUUUUACCGGUCUCAUCUGGAAGAAGCAACAUUUACGCCGGGUCAAAUCAAAGCAAGGUAUCCUGACCAUUGAUUGUGAGAAUUUCAACAACAACCCCAAUAACGGGCACAUAAAACAAAACUAAUGUGUUAAAAUACUUCCCUACAAUGUUAGUCCUGAACAAAAUAAUAGUUCUUUAGGGAAAGGCAUUUGUAAAUGUCGUGCAACUCCAUACGCCUUUGUCUAAAAAACUGAGUUUUUAAGGCCUAGUCAUAAUCGGCGUGAACUCGUAACACAAACAUGAAUUGUGACGUCAUGGCAAGUUUUCGUGCUGCAAAUUCGUAAAGUUCAACACAGUUCAACUCUGGCGAGUUUCGCAGCGAAUCUUUCGUGAUGUCAAAUUCGAUUUGUAUUCCCGUAAAGUUUAGGCAAAGUUUAAAGCAACAAACUGGGGAAUCGCAUGCAAUAAUUGCUUGGAUUGGAAAAAAAGGCAAAAACAAACAAACAUGUCGCCGUAAAACCAUCAGGUUACACUUGCAGGGUUUAUACUUGUAACUUAAAAGAUCUGCAAGAAAUAUUUGUUUACUUUUAGUUUUGAAAUAAGCAGGGUUUUAGUAAGUAUUUAAACAACACACGGUGUUAAAUCGGCUGAGCUGUAAUAUUUUUCUUGUACACUUGCAUAAAUAUGGGUUGGUUAAAAUAUGCCCAAAUGCUUUCUGGCAGAAACUUUUGAAAUUGGUGCACUUUACUAUGCUGAACAGUUUUCACAUUAUAUUUUUGUACUACAUCUAUUUGCAGUUUAACUCAAAAUGCUAUCUUAUAUUUUUUCUUUCUAUGCACAGUAUUUUCUUGGGUCUUAGUGUCAGUCCACAUAUAUAUUGAGAUGAAAUUGAGUGCUUUUUCAUCAAAAGUUUUCAAAUGGGCAUUGAAUUAGUUGCAUUUUCUAAGCUUUAGUUAAAUAAUUCUUAAGCGUUAUUGCCAGUUGAAAAUGAUGCUCACCUAUUUAACUUAAAAUUGAUUAUAAAUUUUUAAUUUGAUAACUUAUAAAAGCGAUUUAGUUUUGAGAUGUACACAUAGAUAAUGAAUGAAAAAUAGAUUUUGUAAGAUAUUUGCAGUGAGACUUUCUAUCCAUACACGUCUGCACAUAAAAAAAAUACUGGUUUUUUUUAAGAGUUGUCUUUGAAAGUACUGUAUAUUAUAAUAUUGGGUUUUACAGGGAAAAAAGGAGAACCUUUGAAGGUAGAUUUAAGUAGAAGUUGGUGAAGUUUGUUUAAAAGUGUAUUAUAAUGAGGAACAUAUUUUCAGCUCAAAACGAGAAAAGAACGAAGGAAAAA